UCAUUUUACUUUUGCGACUUCUUCACAUCACGUCAACCCACGUGCAUUCUCUUCAUCAACUCGCCGGUCACCCCAGCUGCCUCCAAGUCGCCGAUCAGCAAUUCCCACUACAUCGACAAUUCCCCACGGUCGCCGAGUUUUCUUUCCCGUUUUUCGCCAUACCCGGAAAUCAAUCAAUCGAUCCUCCAUCGAGUUCUAAUCCUUCGUAAUGGCUUCCAAGUUCCUCAGAGAGUACAAGCUGGUUGUGGUUGGCGGCGGUGGUGUUGGUAAAUCUUGCUUGACCAUCCAACUCAUCCAAAGCCACUUCGUAGACGAGUACGACCCGACUAUCGAGGACUCGUACCGUAAGCAGUGCAUGAUCGACGAUGAGGUAGCACUCCUCGACGUUCUCGAUACCGCCGGCCAGGAGGAGUACUCGGCCAUGCGAGAGCAGUACAUGCGCACCGGCGAGGGUUUCUUGCUCGUCUACUCCAUCACUAGCCGACAAAGCUUCGAGGAGAUCACCACAUUCCAGCAGCAAAUUCUGCGCGUCAAGGACAAGGACUACUUCCCCAUGGUUGUGGUUGGCAACAAGUGCGAUCUGGAGGGCGAGCGCGAGGUCACACGACAAGAGGGUGAGGCUUUGGCAAAGUCUUUUGGCUGCAAAUUCAUCGAGACCUCAGCAAAGUCGCGCAUUAAUGUCGACAAGGCUUUCUACGAUAUUGUUCGAGAAAUCCGCCGCUACAAUCGCGAAAUGCAAGGAUACUCGACUGGCAGCGGCGGCAACAGUGGUGCCGCCGGUCCCAGUGGCAAGAUGGAGAUGAGCGAAGGCGAAUCCGAGGCCGGCUGCUGCUCCAAGUGCAUCAUCAUGUAAACAACACUACACCACAAACACGACAAGGCACUCGAUCCCGAAGACGAAUAGACCGAGCCCUCACGGAGACGACGAUCUCGGCGCGUAGCCCGCGGGUUCUCGAUGAAAACAACACCAUUGAACUGACUGG